GUCACAAACGGCACCGAAGCAGCCUUGCUUGAAGCAAGCUUCCUUUGGCCUAAGACUUUGAAGGAGUCAAGACAGUCACGCUGGAGACCGAUAUGGACAGUCUUCUCAUGAAGCAAAAGAAGUUUCUUUACCACUUCAAAAAUGUCCGCUGGGCUAAGGGGCGGCAUGAGACCUACCUGUGCUAUGUGGUGAAGAGGAGAGAUAGCGCCACCUCCUUCUCCCUGGACUUCGGCCACCUUCGCAACAAGUCCGGCUGCCACGUGGAAUUGUUGUUCCUACGGUACAUCUCGGACUGGGACCUGGACCCCGGCCGGUGUUACCGCGUCACCUGGUUCACCUCCUGGAGCCCCUGCUACGACUGUGCCCGGCAUGUGGCUGAGUUCCUGAGAUGGAACCCCAACCUCAGCCUGAGGAUUUUCACCGCGCGCCUCUACUUCUGCGAAGAUCGCAAGGCUGAGCCUGAGGGGCUGCGGAGACUGCACCGCGCCGGGGUCCAGAUCGGGAUCAUGACCUUCAAAGACUAUUUUUACUGCUGGAAUACAUUUGUAGAAAAUCGUGAAAGAACUUUCAAAGCCUGGGAAGGGCUGCAUGAAAACUCCGUCCGGCUAACCAGACAGCUUCGGCGCAUCCUUUUGCCCUUGUACGAAGUCGAUGACUUGCGAGAUGCGUUUCGUAUUUUGGGACUUUGAUAGCAACCUCCUGGAAUGUCAAGUGUGAUGAAAUUUCUCUUCUGAAGAGACUAGAUAGAAAAAACAACCCUCCAACUACCUGAUCUUCUUCUUAAGUACUCACUUUUAUAAGUGUAGGGUGGGGCGGAAAUAAUAUGACUUUUUUAAAAAGUACUUGAGCUGCAUAGGACCUCCCGAGCGAUGAUGCAACUGAACUUUGUGUACGACAUCGCCAUCUACUGGGGAACAGCAGAACUUCCAGACUUUGGACCAUAAAUGAUGCUCUCUCGGACCUUUCAACAGAAGGGAAUUGCUUAGAAAAGCACACGGAGAGGAUCACACGGUUUGUUACACCUACCCUCUAUUCUUUGAUUCAUUUGAAUUCUCAGGGGUAUCAGUGACGGAGUUUUCUACUCUUUUCCUCUGAGGCUCACUUUCAGGGGUCCUCUUCCGACGAGGCCACGGGGCUGUCCUACAGUCUGAGCGAUCACAAGCCAUUCUCUCAAAAGCAUUACUAUGUAGGCACGUGCUGUGUGUUUUCAUUGUCCUUCGUGUUUUUCAUAUUUGUGUGUGAGAGGGCUUGGGCGUGGUAUUUGAAGUAUGCAUGAUCACCUCUGGGUGAUUUUAAUAAAGGAUCUUAAAAUGCAGAUGAGGACUACGAAAAAUCACUCUGAAAAUGAGUUCAUGCCUCAAGAAGCAAAUCCCCUGGAAACACAGACUCUUUCAUUUUUAAUGUCAUUAGUUUACUUACAGAAGAAGAGUUCAAGAGUUCAAUCCAAUUUUCAGAUCGCUUCCCUUAAACAUCUGUAAUUCUGUUAAAGGGAUUAAAUAUGCUUGUUCCUUAAGUAACUGAUGCCUUACUAUAAAGAAAGAAGCAGAACAUCCAGUUCAAAAGUACCCGGUCAUCAGAGCCAAAAGCUGCCACUUUUUUUCCAUUAAAAAUGGCAAAUUCUUCCCCAGUCUCUCAUAGUGGCUGAGAUGGAGCAUGGAGGUGGUGGACCUCCAGAUACUCUGGCCCAACAUGGCUGAAAGCUCUGUGAGGGCACAGAGACGGAAUGCUGGAAUGCAACAGAAAUGGCCCCACGCUCCUACUCUUCCUUUCCUUGCUACCUUGGGAACAAGGUUCUUAAAGGAGCCUGUGAUUUAGAAACACCACAAACUUCUAGUAAUGGACACCUGGGAAUUGUUCAAGCAUGGAGCGGUCAUUUAUUCUCUUUGAUGGAUGCCAACACAGUUAAGCAGAAUUUUUCUAGUUUUUAUAUGUGUGUGAUGCUGCUCCUCCAAAUUGUUAACUGUGUAAGAGGGUGGCAAAAUAGAAUCAUAUCUGAUGCCAGGAAGAGUGGCAUUCAUCUAUAGUUCCAGCAUUCAGGAGGCUGGGGCAGGACGAUUGCAAAUUUGAGACUAGUCUGGGCUGCAAGGUGAGAUCCUAUUUAAAACAGUAUGGCCAGGAUUGGGGUCGGGUAAAUCAUAUGUAACAAGGAAAAAUACAAGAUGUAAGACCAUGGCGAGGAAAUUAUGCUUUGCCCAACCAAAUGUAGGAACCAACGUAGACUCCCCAUUUGUCCCUCUUUGUGCCUUGUCUCCUAACAACGAUCUUUGCUGAUGAGAAAAAUAUUGGAAGCAUAUCCCUGUGCUGUUAUUACCCAGUUGCUGUUAUAACGCAAUUAAAAGACCCACAGGAAAUCCCGUAUACACAACCGUUAUUUAUUGUAUGUAAGUUGCCAAGGAAGAGGAGAAAAAAUAAAUAUCGUCAAUUCCUUCCUGCA